GAUUGUUGUCACAUCAAGAGGGUGUUUUGGUUGCUCGUAACAUAUAUUUUGACAACCGACGCUCCGGGACAUGAACUGUCAUUACAAAGACACGCGGUAAUCGCGAAAAUGGCUACGGUUCAUUUAGGCGUGAGCGAUAUCGUUCACUUGAAUGUUGGUGGCACCAGAUUUUCCACAUCUCGUCAAACACUAACGUGGAUCCAGGAUUCGUUCUUUACAGCUCUACUUAGUAACAGGAUUGACAGUCACAAAGAUGAGACUGGGGCAUUGUUUAUAGAUAGAGAUCCAAAGUUGUUUUCUAUUAUAUUGAAUUAUCUUCGUACCAAGGAUAUUGAUCUGAAAAAUGUAGAUAUUCGGACUUUAAGACACGAGGCUGAAUACUAUGGUAUCACUCCUCUAGUUAAACGCUUGAUGCUUUGUGAAGACUUGACUCAGUCAUCCUGCGGCGAUGUAUUAUUUUACGGUUACUUACCACCACCAUGCAUACCACUUCAAGAACCUGUUGCAGUAACAUCAAAUGUCAGUGAUGUAACUGUUCACAUUAGAGUUGGUUCUAGUGCAAACUCUAGAAUUGAUGGACCAUCUAGCUCACAGUCUACAACAACCACCAAUUCUAUUAAUCAAAAUAUUACUGGCCCACAAAAUCACAAAGGAACACUGGGAACACAUAUGAGAAAUUCUUCUUUAGAUUACCGAUUGCCACAGCGUGGUCUUCCACAUUCUCGCACACCAUCUUUAGAUCUGAGACAUGUUAGAAACAAUUCGGCUGAUCUAAAUAAAUUAUAUAAAAACGAUAUUGGCCUUGUAUUUGGAUUACAACAAGUUUCAUCCUGGGUGGACCCUUUGAGAGUACAGAUCAUAAAAGCGCAUCACAACUGGAUAGUUAUCGCUUACGCGCACUUCAUUACGUGCUAUCGGCUAAAAGAUUCAUCUGGAUGGCAACAUGUGUUUACCAGUCCGCAUAUCGAGUGCAUAAUAGAGCGCGUGGCGAUAAAUGCGAAAAUGGGAAGUGGCGCGGACGGCAAAAUGGUCGCCAUCUCUUAUGGCAGUCAAGUAAGACUCUGGGGCGUAUCCGAGGAAGGAAUCAAGAUCAACGUAGGCACAUUCAAUUUGAAUGUACGCGUAGAAUAUCUAUUCUUCAUUGGUAGCCAAUUGGUCGCGUUGUCGCCGACUGGAAAAAUCGGCGUGUGGCAUGCGAUGACUCAUCACUGGCAGAUACAAGAUGUAGUACCCAUCCUGUCAUUUGAUACAGCUGGGUCCUUUCUUCUUUUAGGUUGCAACAAUGGGUCCAUUUAUUAUAUUGAUAUGCAAAAAUUUCCUUUGCGAAUGAAGGAUAACGACCUGCUUGUGACCGAGUUAUAUCGAGAUCCGAGUUACGAUCCCAUAACUGCAAUAUCUGUGUAUUUGACGCCGAAAACAAUAAUAUGUUCCAUGCCAGCAUCUGAGAGGGGAAAGGGAGGUCUCUGUGGAAAUUGGAUAGAAAUUGCUUAUGGCACGAAAUCCGGAAGUGUCCGAGUAAUCGUUCAACAUCCCGAAACAGUUGGUCAUGGUCCACAGUUAUUUCAAACUUUUACAGUACACCAGAGCAGUGUAACCAAAGUAACGCUUUCGGAAAAAUACUUGGUGUCUGUUUGUUCGGAGUAUAAUCACGUUAGAAGUUGGGCGGUAACCAGAUUUCGCGGAAUGAUUUCAACGCAACCGGGAUCAACGCCUGAAGCAAGCUUCAAAAUUGUUUCCUUGGAAGCAAUCGAUCCCUGCGUUAGCUACAACGCCGGCAACGACUUCGGGCCGUUUGGCGAACAAGACGACGAGCAAGUGUUCGUGCAGAAGGUUGUACCCGAAACCGAUCAAUUAUUUGUUCGAUUAGCAUCUAAUGGAAAAAGAGUUUGCGUGAUACAAUCGGUGGAUGGUAGCAUUAUAAGCUCAUUUUACGUGCAUGAGUGUGAAGGCUCUAGUCGCAUGGGCUCAAGGCCCAGACGCUUCAUAUUCACUGGCCAUUCUAACGGCACUAUACAAAUGUGGGACCUCACAACGGCAUUGGAUCCGUCUUUCAAUGCCACUCAAAAUACUUCGGGAGGACCUACACCAGAAGAGCUUUGGAAAUUAUUGGAUCAAUGCGAUUUAAGCAAUAGUCAUUGUUCGACACCUUGUAUUAGUCCCUCACCUUCAUUAAUCACGUCUGGACCUAGAAUUAAGUCGAGCAACGUGUUAUUUCUCAAUCAAUCCCAAAAUCCAGACACAACACCUGGAUCAAGCCAAACGUAAGUACACGCCUGUUCAAGCUAUGUCGCAAAAACAUGCAAAUAUGCAUGCUACUCCAGAAUCUGCAUUUAUUUAUUUAUUUAUUUUAAUAAAUCCUUAUAAAAAUAUAGUUCAAAAAUUAAAAGUCUAUAGUUCCUAAGUUAAAGUUAACUCUUUGCAUUUGUAUUUAUGAGACAACAUUACUUUAUUAAAGUUCGCUAUUUAUCUAUUUAAAUAGUGCAAUUUAAAAGUAAUAAUAUAGGGAAGGAUUGCACUAUAAAACUCUAUAAUUAUGUAAUUAUAUAAUACAGCUGUUAAUGUUGAAAAAAAAAUUAUUUUCAAGAUUUAUUGUUUUAUAUAAAUUUAAAUGAAUAUCUAAAUUGUUUUUAAGAAAAUUUGAUAUCUCGAGUUAAUAAAUCUUUGUUUAUUGUUAUUAACAUUAUUAUAAGUAACUUUUUCAAGAAAUUUUACAAUUUAAAAAAAAUGUAAAUAUUUUUCUCUCUCUACAAAGAUUUAAUUAUUUUGUUUAUAUUAUUUAUUAUUAUUCCAAAAUGAUUAUUAAAUUUUUU